AAUAAAUGAAGCAAGAAAAGAAUUGUCGUGGUCAUGGGCUUGCGUCGAAACAUGGCGUCUCCUUCUCUUCCCACUCGGCGAAGCCCUCAUCUUCUCGCCCUCAUUUUGAUCUUCGUUUCCCCGAUCUUCUCGCUGGCGAUUGCGUCCAUGGUUGGAGACGUGAGAGAGACGGAGGGGGCGCAGAACAGCGCAGGCAUCGAGGAGCUCGGCCGCUUCGCCGUCGACGAGCACAACAAAAAAGAGAAUGGACUUCUGGAGUUUGCACGUGUCGUAAAGGCAAAAGAGCAAGUUGUUGCUGGAACACUUCAUCACUUGACCUUGGAGGUAAUUGAAGCAGGGAAGAAGAAGUUGUAUGAAGCGAAGGUAUGGGUCAAACCAUGGCUGCACUUCAAAGAGCUGCAGGAAUUUAAGCAUGUCGGGGACUCUCCUUACUUUACCGGUGCAGACCUAGGUGCUAAACGAGAGGAGCUUGGGUCUGGUUGGCGUACUGUUCCUACAAAUGAUCCUGUAGUCAAAGAGGCAGCAAAGCAUGCUUUGAAGAUCAUUCAUGGAAGGUCCAAUUCCCUGUUUCCUUACGAACUGUUGGAUAUCCUCAAAGCAAGGGCAGAGGUGAUUGAAGAAACUGCUAAAUUUGACAUGCUUCUUAAAGUGAAGAGAGGAAGCAAGGUGGAGGAAUUCAAGGUCGAAGUCCACAAGAAUCUGGAAGGUAAUUUUCUUCUGAGUCAGAUGCAGAUGCAGGUGGGUUAGGACUUAGGAGUCCAAAAAUGAACAAGCCUUGACUACUGAUAGGUGUCUAUAUUAACUCUUUGAUAGUUGUGUAUAUUUCUGAAUGCCUUAAUAAACUGCUGGUACAAAGUGAGAAGUAAUUCAAUCAACAAUAAUAAGACAGCUCUGUUAAGUAAGUGCUUUUAUUAA